CUAAUUGCAUAAGUGAAAUGAUGUCCUCAUAAUUGAAGCAUAUGGUGGCUUUCCUUCAAGGGUUGUGGGAAAUAUUUUCUUGCAACUAUUUCAGAUUGUUCCACUGAGAAAGUAGAAAGUUGCACGAUUAAGCCAUUGAGAAGGUAGAAAGCUGCAUCAGUUUGGUUUAUUUUUCAAGGCGCUUUCAUCAGCGAGAACCAAAUCUCGGUUGUCUGAUUUUCACUACUGGAGAUUGUUUCUCGGUCGACUGAGAGUGGCAAUGGUUCUGCUGUUCUCGGAUUCCAGUUUCGUUUCACUCACCAGCUCUCUCACAAACGAGGAAAAAGAAUCCUCAAGCUUGAAACUAUAAGUAACAUUUUUCUUCCUUCUCAUGAUUUAAUAUGAGACUCCAUAUGUGCUUGGAGUUGUUCUAAUUCAAUAUCUGCCACGAGGUAAGUUAUGUGGCGUUGGGGUAAGCCAAAAUGUUGUAACGGUUGCUUUCUCAUUAUUCUGAUCAGAUCUUUUGCAUCCUAUGUUUUUGUAGGCGUUGAUGGAUUUUUGGCUGAGCUGGGGGCUGGGGGAAACACCUCCACCAUAUCAGCAAUGGUUGUUGAGGUCAUUGAAGACUUGAAGCUUAUGGAGAAAAAAUUGAUGUUCACGUGCUCUUUGAAGGAACUUUUAGGAAAUUCUAUGAUGUGUUUGGAAGGAGAGUUUAGCAGGGGACAGCUUUGGAGUAUUCAACCUAAAGCUUUAUCUUGAUAAUUGAAACUGUUCGAAAGAAAUCAAAUCCUGGUUUAAGA